AUGCCGGGCGUGGGAGAGAUGGGGUCGUCGGAGGAUUCGCAUGGACUCGACCGGCGGGCCUUGAGGUCUCACAAGGCAUUCCCUCGGCGGGAUGUGAUCAUUCCUAGCAUCGAAAUUGUCCAACCGGUAUCUCCGGAUCAGUGUGGGAAACUCGCUGCGACACCCGCGCCUCCUUUGACACCCCCAGAUGCAGGUCAGGAACCCGCGAUUGACGAACGAACUCACCAGAAGAUGGCUUCGCCGGUCUCAGAUCUCCCAACUACUGGGAUGUUAACCCCACGCCGUACCUCCAAGCCUCCGACCCCUGAUGUGACGCCCCCUCGAACAAAUAAUUCAAACAAGCGACCCGCCUUGAACCACUCGGUCCACCUGUCUUCGUCGUCUCGGGCCGAAUCGUUCCAAACGGCGUUUGAAAGCAUCUCCUCGGAAGAGGACAUGGAGACCCCGGGCCGGAUGUCCACCAUGACAGAGACACCCAAACAAAGAAAUCAGCAAUCAAAGCCACCUUCAAACGGAUACCUGCCACAGACUGCGGAUAUCAGACCCUCUCCGUCUUCAAACUCGAAACAACCCAGCGAGACUGAAUACGAGACAGGAUUCGAGUCAUUUGAUGGGGAUUGGGCCGCAAACACGGUUGAUGGGUCGCCAACACCGCUGGCUGGAAAGCGAAAGUACGUACGGAACCAUACCAAAGCCGAUCGGCCUUCGACUGCAGCCAGAGAUGCGUUGGAUAUCAAGCACCUGGAUGCUUCUUUGAUGCGAGAGAAAAGUUUGCGGGACCGAAUUCAUGGUGCCCAUGGAAUGAAACAAAGCCCCUCCAUGGAGCGGUUUCGGGAGAACAUUGGGUGGCCAUCUGAAGGCCGGAGUAAGGCCAACGAUCUUGGGGCCCGUCCCACCUCGGUCAUAUCCUCGACAUCGACUGUCGAGGCUAUGAUAAUUGACUCCCCGAAAUGCGCGCAGCGAAUUCUCCGGCAUUCUGGGAAAAGAAGCUCCUUGCGAUCUGCUAGCUCUCCAAUCACCAAGUCCGAAAGGACCUCUUCUGCGUCCCUGCCAGAGUCACAACAUCGUCUGGUCCAUAAACCAACGCGCAUAUCACCCCGUGAUCAUCGAAGCGUGUCUUCGGAUGUAUCAUUUUCAGCCAAGGCGAGCACCACUGCCAUACAGCAGCCCAACAUCGAAACCAUCAACGUCGUGGUUAUACCCGAGAGGAACUCGUCGCUCAAGUCGACUGCCAACAGCUAUGCUUCUUCUAAGCCGGGCUCCCAACGGUCAAGCCGCCGUCCACCAACAGCCUCAACGGGUCGCACAGAUCUUACGCAGCAAGAUAGACGCCCCGUGUCUGGAACACUCUCGAUCCAGUCCCGCGAGGCAGACACUAGGAGUCGUUCUAUGCAGCGGCCCUUCAUCCCACCGCGUAGUUCCUCUCUUUCUGCGCCGACAAGCCGGAACAAUUCUCGUACAACUUCUCUCAACUCUAACAGCCUGCGAAGUCGACCCAUGGAGCGGCCUGUCAUCCCAGCUCGAAGCUCUUCACUUUCCGCGCCGACCAGUCGCAACAACUCUCGCGCAACUUCCCUCACCUCGGAUAGCCUGCGAAGUCAUAACCUGGCAAUGGAUCUAGAAGUUAGCAAGCGUCUUGAACAUCAACCGGUAUCUCCACCUCGACAAAAUGUUCUGUCAUCGCCUGAAGCACCAGUUUUACCUCCGGUGCCCCACAUACCGGGUUUGUUCUCGGGCCCAGAAGACAUGGAGCUGCUUCAUCCUCCUGCUAUGCCCUUCACCCAGGGUUCAAUACCAUCGUCUUCCCCGGGCCCAAUCGAGAUCUCAGAGGCAACAGCUGUCAGCUUGUUCGCGCACAAUAACCACUCACUGCUACUUGUUGACCCACGAGCCCGAGAAUCAAACCGCCCUCUCCAGGCGCUUGGGAUUUCUGAUACUAUUGCACCGCCGCGCACGCCAGAGAAUCUCGCACAGGGAGAAUACCUCAUGGUUGACUCUCCCCUCAAGAAUCCUCGGCCUCCGCCUCAACCCCCUGUCCGCAAACCCCUCCCGCCACUUCCAACCCAGAAUGAAGAAGCCGCCAAUGCCAACGAUGAAAAGAAGGGUUCCACUGGACGAUGGAGCUCAGUUCGUCGCUCUUGGGGCUCCCGCCCUCGCUCAGAUUCUUUCAAUACCCUGGCGCGCUCGUUCUCAAUGAAGUCGGCCAAGAAUCGAACAACGGGAAUGGAAAUGGACAGCCGACUCCACCCGUUCUGGCGUCCCCGUGGCUUCUGGGAAGACGUACCUACCUCCCCAGAGAAACAGCUCUCUCCGAUGCCACAGCCGUCCCAUACUCCAGAGGAGUCCUUGGUGGUCAACAACAGCCUCGGCCUACCUCAGCGACGCAUAAUCCUCGAUGGCCCGUCAUCCUUGGCACGCCGCAGCCCAGAGCUGAAGCGUUGGUUCAAUGGAAUGACGAGCAACGCCAGCUUGGCCGACCAAGGCAUUCUCCGAACAGACUCCCCACUGCACCCUGUUCGAUUCCAGGCUCUCUCCCGCUGGGGCCGGCGGGUACAGGCGAUAUCCUGGCGUAAUAUGAAUAAUCGUGUGCGGCGCAUGCGCCAGCGACGCGAGGAGCGGAAGCGUGCUGUUCGCCGCGAAGUCCUGAAACGGAGCAUUGGGUUCCCUAUCUAUGUCGCUUCCAGUGCUACAGUCGGGGUGACUACCAGAUUAUGA